AUGACGAGAUUCUGGUCUAGGCGUCGCUCGCUGCUAGGCCGGCGUGAACAUGAGCUUACUUCCGGGAGCUCGGGCAAUAAACCGCCCAAGCUGUGGCCAGAUGCUGCUGCGGGGAAAUCAGCAUCGAUCAAGAAAUUCUUACGGAAUGGAGGGCACGUGGAUGCCAGGAACAAGGACACCAUGUGGACCCUGCUUCACACUGCGUGUCAUGCCGGCCAGAACCGAGUGGUCGAGGUCCUCGUGUCCGCAGGAGCGAAACUUGAGAGCGAAGUGGAGGGUCAAUAUAACCCUCUCCUCCUCUGCUGUAGCUGCGGUUGUCACAAUAACAUGGUCUGCCCGGUGUUGCGGUCGGUUCCCAACGAACACGUCGAGGAUCUCGAACAUUUCGAGGAGUGCGGACACAUGAAAGCGGCCCGCGUUCUCCUCAAGGCCGGAGCGAACCUUGAGAGCACAACCGACCAGCUGUUCACGCCGCUCCUGAUCGCUGUCUUCAACGGCAAGCUCGGCCUCUCCAAGUGCCUCGUGGCUGCGGGAGCCAACGUGGAAGCCAGGAACAAGCAGAGCUACACCUCCUUGACUAUUGCCGCGCAGCAAGGACAUGCCGACAUAGUGGGGUUCCUUCUGGACAGCGGCGCGAACAUCGAAGCCAGGACGAACACCAAACUUUCCCCUCUCAUGGUAGCCGCGCACGAGGGAAGAGCACCCGAGGUGCAGCUUCUGCUCAGGGCCGGGGCUAGCUUGGAGGCGCGUAACGACAGAGGUUGCACCCCGCUGGCCCUCGCGAGCGACUACGGCAGGGCUCACGUGGCGGGCAUGCUCGUGGUUGCCGGCGCCGAGAUAGAGUCGAGGGACCACCGCGGGAACACUCCGCUCAUGCACGCCUCGCGCGAGGGACAUGGCGAUGUGGUCGCCCUGCUCCUCCAGGCCAAGGCUGACGCGGCCGUUGUGAACAGCGAGAGAGAGUCUGCGGUGGCUCUCGCCGCCAAGUAUGGGCGCGACGAGGUCGCUGUUCUCCUCCUAGACGCAGGGGCUGACGUGAACGUAGCCAACGACAGAGGUUUCACGGCUCUUCUCCGGGCGGCGGAGGGGGGGCACACGACAACCUACCAGAUGCUCCUAGAUCGAGGCGCCUACCCCCACGCCGCAACAACCACCGGGAGCACGCCUCUGCUCCUCGCGUGCGAGCGGGGCCACCUGGACACGGUGAAGCUCAUCAUCGCCGGAGGAGCCGACCUCGAGGCGUCAAACGCCCAGGGUUUCAGUGCACUGUUGACGGCUGCACAGCACGCGCACGGUGCUCUCGCGGCGGAGCUUUUGAAGACCGGGUCUCGGACUAACACCGCAACAAACCGCGGCUUCACGCCUCUCAUGCUCGCCGCUAUGUACGGGCAGCACGAGCUGCUCACGGACUUGCUCGACAGGGGGGCCGACCUGGACGCCGUGCAAGAGACCGGCGACACGGCGCUGAGCCUGUCCUCGUUCUUCGGUAGGCCUGGCGCGGUGGCGGAGCUGGUGCGUCGCGGGGCGGACGUGCAGGGCCGCGACCACGAGGGAUCGGCGCCGGGGGAGGUGUUCGAAGCGGAGGUGGGCCCUGCUACCCGGCGUCAGAUCCAGGUCUUGCUUUGGGGAGAGGAAGCGACGGAGCAGCUCGAGCGAGCUAAGGCGAAACCGUCGGACACUACGACUAUCGAGGACCGUACGGCAGGAUCCUCGGCUGUUGACACCAGGUACAGGCGAUCGUCCACCCCGCAGGUUGUUUCGCAGGUGGUGUCCGGGGGUGCCACGACGAAAGCGUGGGGUCCGCUUCACAUGGCGAUUCACCGAGGGUCGUCGUCGGAGGUGCGGGAGCUGCUGACGAGGCCGGGCGUAGACAAGGAAGAGCUCCUCGAGCGGAGCUUCUCGCCGCUGCUGCUGGCCGCCCAGUGCGGCCGCGCGGACUGCAUAGCCGAGCUUCUCGAAGGGGGCGCGAAUAUCGAGGCUCGGAGCGACAGAGCCUUCACCCCUCUGCUCCUGGCGUCGAAAGGGGGGCACCUGGACGCGGUUCGGGAGCUCCGUGCGGGGGGUGCGGCGGUGGAGGCCAAGAACGACCGGUCGUUCACGUCGCUGCUCAUCGCUUGCCAGAACCAACACCGAGAGGGGUUUGAAGAGAGAAGCGUGGUGCGCUGGGUUGAUGGCAUGAUACCGUGGGGGUGGGGUCGGGGCGGGAGCCGGGGGGGACACAGGUUCCAAGUCGUUCUGUUGACAUGA